AUGCCCGCAGACGUUGUCUUUGUCCUCCACGAUCCGAGGUCGGCCUCCAAAUCACGGGAGAAUCGUCAUCUGGUCGCCAGCCACAUUGGCCGACACCAUCGUAAUCGAUCCAAACCCACUCGUAGCAACCUACAUGCGCGUUCCACACGCGGUCGUGCACUGGCACCCAGCACUUUUGGACGCUUCGAUUCGGGAUACUUUCUGUCACCGGCAAAGAACGCCGCAACCGGCAACGGGUCCAACGACUCUGGACGUCCCAGCCCAGAGAAGCAAGAGGAAAAUGCUUCUGCUUGCCGACACGAAGGUGGAGGCAAACCGAUGACUCGACCUUCGUUGAUACAUGAUGAUGCUGCAAAGUCCAGCCACAAUCGUCUGGUCAAGUGUCAUCCGGCUCAAGGACAGCCGGCCACACCUGGGCUUCCGAGAGCAUUGUUGAACUACGUUCAAUUUGACUGUCCCCAACGCCUCGAGUCAUCGGCACGGUUUGGAUUUGAUUUCCAGAUUAAUUAUGUCUUUCCAUUGCACUCCACAUGGGGUGUUCAGAUAAAGAAGCACGUCGGCUUCAUAGUUCAGAUGAUAUGCAGGGAUGAUGGUCUCUUCAAUGCCAUUUCCGCUUCUGCGCACGGCAUCUAUGACGCUUUGACGCGGCCUGGUGCCCGGCCUUCUGCGGCCACGUUAUGGCAUCGCUCCAGAGCCUUGUCGAAGCUGCAAGACAAGCUCCUCGAUCCUGUCAGCGCCACCAGAAAUGAAACCUUACUGGGGGUAUUCUAUCUCCUUGAGAGUGCAGCUCGGUUUGGCCAUCAAGAUGACUUUCUCACCCACUACAUCGGCCUACAUCGAUUGAUACAAAUCAGAGGAUCCAUCGUCCCCACGUCCCUCGAAGACGUCUACAUUGACCAGUCGAUUGUGAUUCUGGAGGCGUCUGAAAUGGCCUGGACUACGAAAAUGACGCUGGAAGACCCUGACCCGGUGGACUUGACCUACCCGGUGCCGGGUAUACCGCUUGAUGCAUCGACUGCCAACCUACCGGUGGGCUUUUGGGAGUUGGCCUCUGAGGGCUCCAUUAGCAGGGAGGUCCUUGGACUCUUGGCCGACAUUCCCCCCGCCGAGUACCUGGAGCAUGAAAUGGCCGCCUCUCAGCGACAUCUCAAGGUCAUUCAGCGAGCAUGGCUUUUGUAUCGGUCGUCCAAGCGGUCAGUCGAGCGCCUGGCGUGCCUCGGGGCACUGUCGUUCUCGCUUAGAACGGUCCUCGCCACGAAUCUAUUCCCAGGGACACCUUUCCUGCAGAGACUGGCCACCAUCGGAACAAAAAUCUCGCGAACCAAGGCGCUCUACCGGGAACUCAUGGUUUGGGCAAUGGUGGUUGCAGGGGCCCAGACCUUUCCGGUGGAGAAAGAGGAGGCGCGUCGCAUACUGCUCCAGAUAAAGCAAGACGAAAAAUGGAUACAGUCGUGGGAAGACGUUGAGUCUGCUAUGAAGAAAUUCUUCUGGUGGGAGAGCUUUGCCCCAUUUUGGCGAGCUUGCUGGGAACAAGCGACAACGUAG